GUUUUGUGUUAUUAAUUUAUCUAUCCACGACAGUUAUUUUCGUCCCAUACAGUUAUGGUGGCUAGAAGUACAGAGGGUGGUCCCAUAUUUUUCCUUUUUUCAAGGCAAUGUGUGUUGCAACUUGAGGAUACUGCUAGAUACUGCUCGUAUGUUCAGAGGCUCUGCGUAUGUUCAGUCGUUCAGUCGCGUUGACUGUUGUGCUUGACAGGUAAACCAUAGAAGCUCUUGUGUGCAACCUUGUGGGAUGUCAAAAAACGCCUUGAAGUCCUACGUUGGUGUCAUUUCGACUAAGAUCUAGUUCGCCGCCCCGGAAAACAUGUCACGCUGGGGCGAUCUGCCUCCCCUGGUCCCCGAAACAGAAUCUGGUAUCGCGGCGAUCGAACGAGAGCAGAUUACCAAACCGCGGCCUGUGUCAAUCGAAGGCGCCGAUCUCUAUCAACCGGGCCAAGCACACGGAGAUCAGCUUCACCAGAAGCGUCUUCCUCCUGACUUGGGUGUGGUGGACCCCAUUACAUCGCACACCAUCGCUCUGAUACAGCAUGCCAAGAAAGUCCAAUCCCUCCUGAAUGGCCUUCAGCAGCAGGACAAGGAUAUUAAACCUCUGGAAGCCGAAUACCUGCCAAGCAUACCAGAGGGACCGUGUAUCCCUGGCCUGACUAUUCCUUCAACCAACCAACUGGACAUGGAAUCGGAAGGGAGGGCCCAUUGGAAGCCGCCGGUACAGCUUGGUUCCAAUGCAACUCGGGUGGUUCUCAAGCGUGCUGUCACCGCUGUUUGCGCUCAUGCUGGUUUUGACGCGGCUCCCAACUCUGUGCUGGAGGUCCUGACUGACCUGUGCGGAGAGUUCUACCAGCGGCUGUGUUGGCAGCUACGUUUCAUCGUGGACAGGGAAGCACUUACGGGACAGACUGGUUUCGUGGAUGCGAUGGAUCAUGCGCUGCAUGAGUGUGGAGUCCCGGGCCUGCUGUCGCUGACGACGUUCUUCCAAGAGCGUGUGCUCAACUACAACCGGCACAUGCUCAGCACCUGCAGAAGACUGCACGAGGCGUACGAAAAGAUCAAGUUGCCUUCCAAAGCCUUGCUGGAGGACGUCAAGAACAUCAAGGUGAAGGAGGAACCAGUGUCGGAGAUCCACUUCCCGUCCUCCCAGGAGGAGUCAGAGGAAGCUUCGUGCGCUCCCGUCGUCGGCGACACAGCGGCCGAAGAUGCCCAUUCUCUCGAGGAACUCCACAGGGCCCUGCAGCACAUGGAAGGGGCGCAGCAGAACGCACUCAAGGACGAGGAAUCCAUACGCUGGCCCGCCACCAUCCAGCAGCAGCCUCAUUCGCAGCAGGCGCUUCCCCAUCGCAAGGCUUCGACCGCUUCCUCCGGGCACCUGGACCCUGACGAAGAGAUUGUGAUAGUGAACGACUCUCCUCCGCUGCCGGCCGACGCCGGCAUUCCUUCCUUCGUGGACACGAUGGAUUCGGCUUCUUUGGAUGCGGCCAAGCUUGGCAGACUCCCUCCAGCCAAAAAAAAGAGGAAGCUGUAGUUCUACCAAAGAACAUCCGUGGGACUUCAGUCGCGGGCCUUUAUUAGGUGAUCACUGUACAUAUAAACAUUUCAUUUUCACAGCGUCUUU